AUGCUGGAGUCAGUAACUCAGAGCACAUUUCUGCCAAACACAAUGGUUUGCGAUCCCCUGAUGUCUUCGACAGGAUUAUUUGGGACAUCCGAAGGUGUCUAUACUGCCAGUGAUCAUCAAAGAGAUCCUAAUUCUUUCUGGACAUCUAUCCACCCAGAAUACUGGAGUGAGCACAACGUCUGUGAAUGGUUGCAGUUUUGCUGUGACCAGUACAAAUUAGAUGCCAACUGCAUUUCCUUUCCCCACUUUAAUAUCAACGGCUUGCAGUUAUGCAACAUGACCCAGGAAGAGUUCCUAGAAGCUGCAGGCGUUUGUGGUGAAUUCUUGUAUUUCAUCUUACAGAAUAUCAGGAUGCAUGGCAUUUCCUUUUUUACUGAUGCAGAAGCAACAACACCAUUAAACAAGGACUACCUACAGAAUUCUCAUUUGUGGGAAUUUGUAAGGGAUUUGCUCCUUUCUCCUGAAGAAGACAGUGGCAUCCUGAAAUGGGAAGAUAGGGGACAAGGCAUUUUUCGUGUUGUUAAAUCAGAAGCUCUGGCAAAGAUGUGGGGACAAAGGAAGAAAAAUGACAAAAUGACAUAUGAAAAAUUGAGCAGAGCUCUUCGUUACUAUUAUAAAACUGGCAUUUUGGAACGAGUGGACAGAAGGCUGGUGUACAAGUUUGGAAAGCAUGCUCAUGGAUGGCAGGAGAACAAGAUGUGAAUUGCCUCAUGCUUUCUUCUCAGUACAGAAUG